AAUUCGGCGUAGGCUUGAUUCAGAACGGAUUGCCUGUUCUUCAUCUGCCAGAGAAUGAGCCGCAGGACGCCGACGAGGAGGACGACGAUGAUGGAUUGCUUGAGCUCUGUGGGUCGAGAGGGAUAUGGCGGAUGGUGGGUGAAGUCAGAGCGAUGUUGCGGCGGAUGGGUGAUGGGGAAAUAAGCAUCUCCGCAUACGACACGGCAUGGGUGGCACUGCUCAAGAACAAAGACGGAAGUGGUGGCCCUCGGUUCCCGUCCAGCCUCCAGUGGAUCGUCGACAACCAGCUGCCGGAUGGCUCGUGGGGAGACGCUGUCAUCUUCUCUGCCCAUGAUCGGAUGAUCAACACCCUGGCCUGCGUCAUCGCUCUCAAGUCAUGGACCAUCUAUCCGGAUAUUUGGAGGAGAGGACUUGCAUUUAUCCGUGAGAACAUGUGGAGAUUGAGUGAGGAGGAAGCAGAGCUGAUGCCCAUCGGCUUCGAAGUCGCUUUCCCCUCCCUCCUUGACAUAGCCAAAGCGCUUGAGCUGGAGAUUCCCUAUGGUGACCCUUCUUUGCAGGAAAUCGACGCCAAGAGAAGUCUGAAACUGAAGCGGAUUCCAAGAGAUGUGAUGCAUGAAGUGCCCAACACGCUGCUAUAUAGCCUGGAAGGAAUGCCGGGCCUAGACUGGGACAGGUUGCUUCGUCUCCGGUGCUCUGAUGGCUCCUUUCUCUUCUCACCUUCCUCCACGGCUUAUGCUGUGAUGCAGACUGGUGAUGACAACUGCCUCGAUUAUCUCCAGAGAGUCGUCCAUAGAUUUGGUGGAGGGGUGCCCAACGUUUACCCCGUGGAUCUCUUCGAGCACCUGUGGGUCGUCGAUCGGUUGGAGCGUCUCGGGAUCUCUCGAUACUUGGAGCAGGAGAUCAAAGACUGCUUGGACUACGUAUACAGAUAUUGGACCGAGGACGGCAUCUGCUGGGCGAAGAACACGAGAGUACACGAUGUGGACGACACAUCGAUGGGGUUCCGACUGCUCCGGCUGCAUGGAUACGACGUCUCCGCCGGCGUGUUCCGGCAUUUCGAGAAGGACGGCGAGUUCUUCUGCUGCGCCGGGCAAUCGACCCAGGCGGUGACCGGAAUGUACAACCUGAACCGGGCGUCGCAGGUGGCCUUCCCCGGGGAGGAGAUACUGGACCGGGCCAGAAGCUUCUCCUACCUGUACCUGCGAGAGAAGCAAGCCGCCGACCAGGUGGUGGACAAGUGGAUCAUCACCAAGAACUUGCCGGGCGAGGUGGCGUACGCCCUGGACUUCCCCUGGUACGCCAGCCUGCCUCGCGUGGAGACGAGGCUGUACUUGGAGCAGUAUGGAGGCAGCGGCGACGUCUGGAUAGGGAAGACGCUCUACAGGAUGCCAUUGGUGAACAACGACGUGUACUUGGAGUUGGCCAAGUUGGACUAUAAUCGCUGUCAGUCUCUCCAUCAGCUCGAAUGGUUCGACCUCGAAAAAUGGUAUGAGGAGGCCGGUCUACGAUGGCACAGGGUGAAGCGGAGGAGCCUACUGAGGGACUUCUUUCUGGCGGCCGCUUGCGUGUUCGAACCGGACCGCGCGGUCGAGAGGUUGGGUUGGGCUCGGACCGCGACGAUGGCCACCGCCGUGUCGUCGUAUUUUAGCAGCGCCACGUGCACGGACGAGAUGAGGCGAUCGUUCAUCCUCGACUUCCUUGAUGAUCGAAGCGACGGCCAUGACAUUAGCAGGAUGGGAGGGAAGAAGGCGGGAGAAGUGUUGGUGGGUCUGCUCCGGCAGCUGAUCGAGCGGCUGGCGGCUGAUACACGGCCGGCCUUCCAACAACAGCUGGUCCGCCAUCAUUUACAACAAGCUUGGAAGGAGUGGUUGAUGGCAUGGCAUAGCGACGCGUCUGACGGAUUCGGAAGGGAAGAGACGGGGUUACUGCUGGUCAGGACCAUGGAAAGCUGUGCAGGGAGGUUCAGUUCGACGGAGUUAACGGUGACUCGUCCUAAUUACAGUCGGCUUUGUCAUCUACUGUCUUCCCUUUGUCAUAAUCUAAGGCGACGACAGAUGGUUGCCGCUAAGAGCAUCACAGAGGAGUGCGCUGUCACAAGCAGCUGCAAGGACAAGGCAGUAGAAGCAGAGAUGCAAGAGCUGGCUCGGUGUGUGCUGCAGACUUCAGAUGACCUCAACCACCACACCAAGCAAACAUUCCUUCUGGUGGCAAAGAGCUUCUAUUACGCUGCUCACUGCUCACCUGCUGCACUCCGCAGCCACAUCUCCGAGGUGCUCUUCAAGCCUGUGGCUUAGUGAGCUUCAUGAAAUAUGUGAAUGAGCAGUGUGAUGGAGCUUAACAAUUUGACAUAUUGCACUUUCUUCGGAAUCUUUGGGACUUCUUAUCAUGCUGAUUUCUUCGAAAGAUGUGAAUGAAUAAGUGAUGUAGUUU